CUCUCUCUCUCUCUCUCUCUCCACUACAGGGCCUACACACAUAAUGCUGUUGCUUGUGUCCGACAAACAGUGCAGGAAACUGAGCCUUGGCAGUAGUGGGGGAAGGGUCUGCCGUGCAAGGGGCGCCGGCCGCCACCAUCUCAUUCUGUUGUAACUGCCGCCGCCUCGUUCGCUGUGUAAAAUGUCAAACAUAGACAAUACAAAUGGACAAAAAAAUAGUGAGCAAAGUGAACAUCCGACGCGCCGUGCUCGGCACCUGCGUCGUGCUGGCCGCCGACGGCGGCGCCAGCGGCGGGGCGCGGCCCUGGUGACCAUCACCCUCCUCCGGCGUCGGGGGUGCUGGCGAGCCCUCAGCUCGCGGAGGGUGGCCGUCUUCGCCUUCCCGGAGGCGUCCGGCUACAUCUCCGUCCCUGCCCCGCUGGACCUGGAGUACCUCUUCAGGUGCAGCGGCAAGGCAGACGCCGCAGCCAUGCAGAUCAAGAUCUGUGUGGCGUACUGCCGCGGUGCCACUCGCAAGGCCCGCGUGAGCCUGGAGGAAUUCCUCGAGGCGCUGCUGCAUGGAGGCCGACCUGGCAGUUUCCACCUGUACAUCUACGAGGACAAGGUCGGCCUCCUGCAGGCCAGUCAGCAGUUCCAGGCUCUUCCAACAACAUGGCCGCUGGAACAGAAAACUGGCAAAGAGAAGAAGGCCACUGACACUGACGAUGAUGCCACCUACAAUGAGUGGAAAGAUUACCUGGAUAAGGUGUUCUCGGUGGACGAUGAUGAAGAAAACACCGACAAUGAUGUUGACACCGACAAUGAAUGGAAAGUUUACCUGGAGAAGGUAUUUUCGGUGGAAGAUAACGACCAAGCCGAGGUGGCCCACGAGAAUACCACCGACUAUGAGUGCAAGGAGGAAGAGGUGCUUUCGGUGGACGAUGAUGUAGCAAACACCGACGAUGAUGACGACACCUACAAUGAAUGGAAAGUUUACCUGGAGAAGGUAUUUUCGGUGGAAGAUAACGACCAAGCCGAGGUGGCCCACGAGAAUGCCACCGACUAUGAGUGCAAGGAAGAGGUGCUUUCGGUGGACGAUGAUGUAGCAAACACCGACAAUGAUGACGACACCUACAAUGAAUGGAAAGUUUACCUGGAGAAGGUAUUUUCGGUGGAAGAUAACGACCAAGCCGAGGUGGCCCACGAGAAUGCCACCGACUAUGAGUGCAAGGAAGAGGUGCUUUCGGUGGACGAUGAUGAAGAAAACACCGACGAUGAUGACGACACCUACAAUGGUCGGAAGGUUCUCUCGGAAACGGUGCUUGUGGAUGAAAAUAACGACCUUGACGAGGCAGUCCACGAGGCUGAGGAAGCCGCUGACAUGGAUGGCACUGCUGAAAACGAGGCCUUUGGUGACUCUGUCGCAGAAGAGAAGGAAGCCUCUGGUGACGCUGCCGCAGAAGAGGAGGCUCCAGAGCUUGGGGAAGCCUCUGGUUCCGCCGCCGCAGAAGAGGAUGUCCCCGAGCUUGAUGAAGCCUCUCGGAGCGGUCACAGUGCCACAGACAGGGAGUUUUCCCUUCAGGGCGACGCCCCUUCACCAGUGGCCGUCUCUGCCGCCUCCGCCACAGCUUCACACGCUUACCGCAGCCUCACCGUGCCUCACAGAUUCAUGGCCCGCCUCACAGGUCCCAGCAUCCGCCUGCUGGAGGAUCUGGAGCGAAGCCAUGACGUCAGCAUCGUGCGGGUCAGGCGAACCCUUCACAUCAAGGGCCACAGAGACGCCGUCCUGCAGUGCCACCGCCACAUGCGCGGCGAGAUCGCCGAGUGGCGGAAGCAAGAGGCCGCUGAUGCUGCUGAGGCUCAGUAAGCGACCUGCUGACAUGUCUGUGACCCGUGACGGCCUCGUUGACAGUGUUUCUUAACGUUUCUCUUUUCUUAUCUUUUCUCUUAA